AUGAAGUCCGGUAGCGUCGCGCUCGGCCUCUUCGCCGGCAUCGCCUCCGCCUCUUACAACCACCAUCCCCGUCACUUCCACCAGGCCCACUGGCGACGCAAUGACACCGCCGCCUCGACCACGCUGACCGUCGCCAUCACCACGGUUCACACCAUCACCUCGUGCGCCCCGACCAUCGCCAACUGCCCCGCUGCCACCGGCAACAGCACGGGCCCCGUCGUGGUCACCGAGGUUAUCGAUCUCACCACCACCGUCUGCCCCGUCACGGCCAUCGGUUCGGUGUCGAGCGCCGUGGUUGACGGCCACAACAGCGGCCUGAUCCCCGGCACGACCCGCACAGUUGUCGCCACGGCUUCUGCUUCAGAUGUCACCGGCACUGCCACCGGUGUUUCCCCCGAGGGUACUCAGCCCGCGCCUGGCUUGUCUAUUUAUCCCACCACCAACGUGGUUGACAAGACCCUCACUCUGACCGUCGGCCCCGAGAGCUCUCGGACCGUCCGCGUCACGACCCUAAAGUCGACCCAGACUGCCCUGGUCACUGUCACCGCCGUGCCGGUCCCUCAGUCUAACGGCAACACUGCCGGCGAGGAUGAGCGCACUACUACCACUACCAGGACUUCCACUGGCACCCGCACCGUGACCGUGCUCCCCUCGAAGUCCGUUUCUGCUGAGGGCAACGGAAACGGUAACGGCAGCGGUAACGAUAACAACGCUGAGUGUGUCCCUGUCACCGUCACCGUCACUCAGGUUCAACCGGCCACUACUGUCUACAUCACUGCCCAGACUACCCCUACCACUCCCACAGCCAGCGGUAACGGUAACGGCAGCAAUGGCAACACCGGCUCCGGCUCCGGCAACGGAAACAACGGCGCCGGUAACGGCAAUACUGGCUCUGGAAACGACAACGGCGCUGAUAACGGGAACACCGGUUCCGGCAACGGCAACGGUAAUGGUAACAACGGUGGCAGCGGCAACAGCGGAAACGGCAACAACGGCCAGGACGAGGAUGAGUGCCCCCCUGAGGAGGAGGACGUCAUCGUCACUGCCACCGCCACUGCUACUGUGGUCCCUAUCCCGUACCCCACCGGCAGCAACGGCACCGCUGCCAUCCCCUUCCCCACCGCCGCCGGCUCCACCGGCAUCCGCCCCGUCGGAUCCUCGACCGCUGCCGGCUCUAGCAGCACCCCCGUGUUCGGCGGAUACCCUACCGCCGGCGCCUCCAGUGGCAGCAACAUCCCCUCGGUGUCCAGCGCCGCCGUCUCUAGCACCAGUGCCGCCCUCCCGUCCAGCAUCGGCGCCUCUAGCAGCGCCCUCUCCACCAACGGCGUCCCGGUCGGAUACCCCACCGUCGCUGUGCCUUCUUCCAGCGCCGCCGUCCCUACCGGCGAGGCUGUCGUCCCCUCCUCUAGCGCCGCUGUCCCUACCAGCGAGGUCGUCGUCCCCUCUCCCAGCGCCGCUGUUCCUACGAGCGAAGCCGUCGUCCCGUCCUCCAGCGCUGCCGUCCCCACCAGCGAGGCCGUAGUGCCCUCGCCGAGCGCCGCUGUCCCCACCAACGAAGGCCCCGUCGGCUACCCUACGGGCGCCGCUAGCGUCGAGGUCCCGGCGCCGUCGUCCAGCGCGGCCGUCCCCACCAACGAGGGCCCCGUCGGCUACCCCACCGCCGCCGCGAGCAGCGACGUUCCCGUCGGCUACCCCGUAGCCUCCCCCAGCGCUGACCUCCCGGCCGGCGGCUACCCGACGGCCCCCAUCCCGACCGUCAUCCUCCGCCAGUAA